CAAUCUCUUCAGAGCUUAGAAGAGUGGGGAGUGAACUAGACACAUUAACUGAGUAUGAUAUUGCAUAGCGGGACGUUGUAGACUCGUUUAUAUUGGUAUUUAAAGCCACUGUGAACGUCGCAUGUUUACGGGCUGUAGAAAACAUGGGACACACAAUGUUAUUCCUAAGCGUGUUGCUUGUUCUGCUCGAAGCUACCCGUAUGUCGGUUCAGACUCCAGUGUUUUACGGCGGUUACAUCAACUAUGACCUGGAGAAAUUAAACGGCACGAAUAUGUACAAGGCUCAAGUGCAAGUUAUCACAGGCUGGGAGCUUGGAACGGGACCUUGUGGAGACAACUGCAAAGUUAACCGGGUGGGAACUUCGACAUUGGACACUAGGAGGUUAAAGGGCACUUUUGGCAAUUACACAUGGGAUGCAAGAAUAAAUCAAACUACAAUAAGCGGCGUAUCAAUCAAUGAUGUAGUUACGAAUACAAUGCAAGAAGUCGUCCUGGAUGUAAGCGAGAGUGAGCAAUGGGAACAAGAUGUCGCUACAUUUACGCUUGAACUUAAUGGAACGCUCGAUUUAGACAUUAAUGUCGACGGGAACUACUGGAGGCACCUAACCUUACCAGUCCAAAGCUCGCUCUCGCUGCCAUGGCAUUUACAAACGCAAAUUAAGCCCAACGUCAGAAUCGACACAAAACAACCUAACCGAGCACCGAAGUUUUUACCCAAACCGUUUUACAGAAUUCUUCUAAACAAAACCACAACCAUUCAUUUCCCUGUAUAUGAUGAAGAUUAUGACCUGGUAAAAUGCCAAAAAUCACAGGGCAUAGAACUGGGGUCACUAACUUAUCCAGACGGAAUCACAGUGAGCACGAACUGCUCAGUUACGAUCGCUGCCUUACAACGAUACAGAUAUGAAAAUGAUUCCUGGAUAGGAAUCCCCAUUUCUGUUAGGGACUUCCAGAAAACUAGCCCCGACUUUGGUGCACUUAGUUCAUCUUCACUCGUGUUCAUUGUACACGUGACAACGCUCAUCGUCGGCCCGCAGUUUAUUUCUCCUACGGAAGCAGCUGCUACGAAAUUUAUCCUGUACAUCGAUUCAGCGUUCUUGAUGGAAGUGUUUGCAAAGUCGAGCGAUGGCGUUGAAAUUAGCAAGUUUAAUACAUUGCAUUUGAGGAACGAGUCCAUAACAAUGUCGGAAUUAAAGCCGGAUCCUGAAGGCCGAGAUAACAUUAAAUACGUCGAAUUAAAAUGGACACCUUCAAAGGCCGAUAUUGGUCACCACAUUGUUUGCCUUACCGUGACAGAUAGUAUUCAAGUUACAUCCAAUGAAAGACGUUGUUUCAAUUUACAAGUCAAAGACCGACUUUCGGGAGAAUGGCAGAAUCCAGCUCUAUUACCUACAACGGAUCCUUAUUUCUUGGAGUUUCCAAACGGCAGUUUUUCAUGUCCAAAAGACGUGUAUUGUACCAUACCACUGUUUGUAGAUUCUGAAAGAGAAUUAAAAGAUAUCAUCAUAACACGAAAUUACCUGAAUUCAGCCACACUGACAUUUCCUCGUAACGUAACUCAUAACGGAACAAUGCUUUACACAUCGGAUCUUACAUUUCGUAAUUUCUCAAUAGGAGAUGGACCUAUCUGUCUUCAAGCAACGGACUUAGGCGGGUACACAAGCAGGGAAAUCUGCAUAAAUGUGCAUGUCUUUCCUCCGAAUCCAUGUUUAUCCAGUCCUUGCAUUAAUUCUGGUACAUGUGAGCCAGACAACGACGAUUCGGGACUUUUUAAAUGCAUUUGUCCAGAACAUUAUUUCGGACGAUUGUGUUCUCAACUCAAUAAAGUCUGCACUGUUGGCAUAUGCAAUCAUGGCCUAUGUAUACCAAAUGGCAACAAAUACUCAUGCUAUUGUACUGACGACGAUGGCAAUGGCAACCUAUACACGACCCCCAACUGCUUAAACAAGAAUAACACUUGCCUGUCAAAUACAUGCGGCUCGAAUGAAUUGUGUGUCGAUGGCAUCUCGAAAUAUACCUGCAUUGAGCGACCACCGCAAACACAUUCUAACUCAGUUGCUGAUUUGUGCUCUUCUCCAUGCAGUAACGGCGGUGUCUGCAAAGGUGGAACAUGUAUAUGCAGACUUGGAUUUUCAGGAGACAAUUGUUCGCAUGUUCCUGUCGGAAGUGCUCUUGACCUACAACGCAAAGUGCAAUUUGUGGAUCCAACUCCACGACCCGGUAGUAGAAUUGUUUGCUACUCAGAACAUAAGGAAAUAAGAAGCUGUAAUAUUGACGUAUAUAUAGCAACAAAUUCAAGUACAAAGCCAACAGUCACUAUCUACCCGUCCCAAGAGCUUCACACAUUUACAAACGCAGUAUGUUCCGUUGAGAGCGAUACCUAUUUUGUUUUCAACAAUGUAUACAGAUGUUUCGUGGAUGUUAUUGGUAACGUGCUAUCUGUGACCGGGCGACAUCUUUGUGUGAAAGCUUCAGAUAGCGGCGCUUACGAAACAAUAUGCUGGGACUUGGUGUUCAUCCACGAUGAUCCAAAUGCGACAGAUGCCGUGGUACGUUUUGUGAUACCUACACCGUUACCAGGUAGCAGUUUUACCUGUGCCAUCAGCAAACCGUGUCGAAUGCUCCUUUACACAUCAUACAAUAAUUCUUGCCAACAGGUCCAGUCCACUUCAUCGGGUGUUACAGUGUUCGACACUAUGAAAAGAGCACAAACAUGCGUGACAGAGGUUGCCUUUCAGUUCGAACAUGUUGGAACCCACGAUAUUUGUUUUUUAUCUGCAUCAAUCGGCUAUCAGGCACGUUGCUUUAGCGUGACAGUGAUGAAUUCUGCUGUAAAUGACGUUUGUUCUGAUACAACAUGUCACAACGAUGGCGCAUGUAUCACAAAAAGUCCAGACAAAUACAAGUGCAUCUGCAAAGAAGGGUUCACAGGAGUUAAAUGCGAACAAGGACCGUGUUUAGAUAGAGAUAAUACGUGUAUGCAUAAUGGAACCUGCUUUGUGAACAACCACGCGAUAACUUGUGUCUGUAAAGAAGGUAACAGCGGGGAUAUGUGCGAGAACGUUUUAACCAGCGCAUCCGAAAUUGCUCUUACGGGUCGGUCACCAGUAUUUACGGGCACAUCAGCAAUCAAAACUAUCAGUUGCAACAACAACAGAGAAUGCGGAUUUUCUGCUUUAGUUAUAGGAAUCAGCACUGGCAAUACGAGCCCGAUAGUGAAAGGACGCGUCAGUUCAACACUUUCCAACAUCGAGAUAAGAAUUGAAGAACUACCUUCUAGACCUGAUUUCCACCAGACAGUUAUAUCUUUCAUUCCAACCGAGGUGGGCGUGUUUGAUAUGUGUAUACUGACCGUCAAUGCCAGUGGAACAAACCAAGAUGAACUGUGUUUGGAAGUUCAUGUUGAGGAAGGCGUAAUGUCCCAAUAUGGUGCUAAGGAUAUGCCUCACUUUGUAUUACCGAGUCUGCCUCUGGAUUCAAAACUUGAAUGCGAGCUCAAAACAGUUUGCCACGUGACCUUCACAGCGCACCCUGGUUUCCAGCAUGAAUUUGAAUGUAUCAAGCCAUCUUUAUUGAGCUCUGACUUUGUGAACACACACAUAUUUUCCACGUGCUCUUCCUGUAUUGACGAAAGCAAUACGAACGCAUCUUGUACGUUAGAUGUGGCAUAUAGACCUUCAGUUCAGAAUAAAGCAGAGAACAAAGUGUGCAUUGCGCUUAUAAGAAGAAAAACCGGUGUUACUGGUGAAGACAGGUGCUUCACGGUUACUGUAAGAAAUACAUCCAAAACAAAUGACAUGACCGGCUGUCAACGGCUGCAAUGUGCUAACGGUGGUUUCUGCGAUGGGCAUGACCCUUUAAAGCCCGUGUGUUUCUGCAAACAAGGAUAUGGUGGAUCAACUUGUGCUACAUCUAUCUCGAUCAAUCCACCCAUAAGUAAUACGACAUCCUUCGUCGGAACCAACGGAGGAUUGCCGACAGGGAUUCAGUGUCGCCUGCUGGAGACGUGUUUGUUCAAGUUUCAAGUGUGUGGAAGCUCAGCUUCAAAAUUCCAAAUUGGCCUAACAACGCCAUAUUUGGAAGUUGGGGAACCGGUUAUAGAUCAGUUCUCUGGACAGCAAUGUGCCAACGGAACAGUUAAUGUCUUAUCAUCAGAGCUGGGAACACAUAGAUUCUGUAUUCAACAUGUACAAAGUGGCGGGUUAGUUGAUGACGAACUCUGUCCAACAAUACGCAUUACAGGAGGAGCCUCCUCGCCGAUUGACCAGAAUAAACCCCACUUCCUGUCUCCGACAUUUGAAAGCGGAUCUACCCUGGCGUGCACCAAAGGCGAAAAUCUGCAUUUGAAGCCGUUCUACACUAAUGGAAACAGUGUCGGGUCUUUAAAAGACUGUCCUACGCUGACGGAGAGCAGCCAACAACCGGUAGACGGAGUAUACAUAUUCCCUGCUGAAUUUUUAGCCAAUAUCUGUUCAAGUGACAUUGUCUACAAGGUACCAUCUCCAGCCGCGGCUGGUUCAGAGUCGAAGCUCUGCAUCAAAGUCUCUGUCCUCGGAAAACAAGGUGAAGAAAGGUGCAUCAUGUUGAGAGUUGCCGAAGCGACACAUGACAUUCAUCCGUGCAAAGGCGUUGUGUGCGCAGCGAACUCCGUAUGUGUUUCUGAUCUGGAAGCCAACUCUUCAAUAUGUGUUUGUAGGAAUGGCGCAACUGGUAAAAACUGUUCACAGACCAACGAGCCCCACAAUCUUCCUGGAAUUCAAAACCUCCCAAAUACGACAUCUGAUGGCCCUCAUUUUGAUGGAAGCAGUAGUCUACCUAAGAACAUUUCAUGCGUUGCUGGAAAACCUUGCUUAAUUAGUGUUCCGUACCAAGGGAUCGCGUCCAAACACCCAGUACCUGGGAGCUGUGAUUUUAAUACAGGCAAUGUCACGGUAACCUCAUUCACAGGGUCUUCCCAUUCACUUCUUGUCAAUGUAACAGUUCAAGAAGGAAGAUAUAGGUGCUGCUAUCAGACCACCUCGGAUGGCACAAGCGAUGGUGUCAAUGUUGACGAAUUAUGUUUCGAUGUCAACAUAGGUAAAGAAGACAAAGGCCACAUCAAUGCAACGAUUGACAUAAUACCCAAAUUCUUGACACCGACACCGAGUGAAAAUUCAGUACUGAUGUGUCAACCCUGUAUAACCUGCCACAUACGUGUUGGUUCUGCAUUAAAUGAUGGCCGUUGCGAGCAGGUUCGAAUGUGUGGGAAUCUAAUAGCAGGCGCGCACGUUUUUCAAACGCAACCAACUGCUGACAAAUGCAUCACUGAUGUUGGUUAUGCUACUUCUUUUACUUCUGGAUCAACCACGUUUUGCGUUAAGUCAGGUGUACAUGGAGAAGAACGGAGUUUUGAAGUUGAAAUAAAACAUCAGACAGAGUUUGGAAUUUGCCAAAAAUUACACUGUUUGAACGGAGGAAAAUGCGUUUCUACCGAAUCUAAUGCAACUUGUCAAUGCCCCUUUGGUUACGGCGGUAAAACUUGCGAAGUUGCGACAUCUACAACAAUGUCCAACACAACACAAAGUCAAGCAUCUUCAAUUGACUCUGGUGGUAAUUCCAUUGGUGGAACUACGAUGUUGCCUUAUGUGAGCAGUUGUAACUUUGACAAUGACACCAACUGCAUCUGGCACAAUGUCCAUGCCGGUGACAAUUUUAACUGGACACUUCAUCAAGGAGAGACACCCUCGGAAAACACAGGUCCAACAUAUGAUCAUACUACAGGAACUCCCCAAGGCAAAUACUAUUAUAUAGAAACAAGUGCCCCAAGACAGGCUAAUGAAACUGCUUGGUUAGAAAGUGAAUACAUUGCAUCAUCUAACGGAGAAGCACACUGCUUGGAAUUCUGGUAUUAUAUGUUUGGUACUAGUAUUGGUUAUUUGAACGUACGAUUGUCAGAAAACACAACCGUGCCUGGAUAUAAUAUCUGGUCCAUGGAAGGAAAUCAAGGGCCAAAAUGGAUAUUUGCGCAAGUACCAGUGACAACGGAUGGUCUCAAUCGGAUUAUAUUUGAAGGUACAGUAGGAAAUGGUUAUGAGGGUGACAUUGCUCUUGAUGAUGUCUCGUUUAAACAAGGCAACUGCUUCAUUGCCACGAAGAUUACAUCGGUAGCGUCUAGAAUUGUGACAUCAACCGUUCCGACUACGAGAAUGCCAGCCCUUAUUGGACAAGGUUGCUAUGGCGACCCAUGCGUUCGAGGCGUGUGCUAUGUUCACUUUGACGAAUACUUUUGUCUUUGUCCAUCUGGGUUCAAUGGGAUAAACUGUGAAAUAGAUACAGACGAAUGCAGAUCAGCCCCUUGCAAGAAUGGGGCAACGUGUGAAGACGGUAUUGAUAAGUUUAUUUGCCACUGUCCUGAUGGAUAUACUGGGCAUUUAUGCGAAACAUAUAUGGAUCCUUGUAACUCAAAUCCAUGUGUGAGAGGGAAGUGUUUUUCUCACCUAAAACUUCACAUUUGCAUUUGUCCAGCGGGCUAUUCUGGACAGUUUUGCGAGAGACAUUUCGACCAUUGUGCGAGCCAUCCGUGUGAAAAUAAUGGCCGAUGCAAGAAUGUCAAUUCUUCGUACACAUGCGAGUGUCGAUUCGGAUUUUCAGGACAAGAUUGCUCUAAAGAACAUGGAACAAAAUGCUUCGCUUGUAAAGGCAGUAAACUGGAUUCUAUUUGCAACACGGUUACUACGUGCAACUCAGACGAGUCCUGCUACGUUGACACAUUUCUUGACGGCGAUGGAUCAAUUAGAUAUCAUGCAGGAUGCAGACAAAGUUCGAACUGUAUGCCAUAUACAGGAGAUAAUUGCACACAUUGUUGCGAUACUGAUUACUGCAACGAUAACGGGUGUGGACUGACAGGCUACCAUCCUGCAAGUCAGCGUGGGCCGAUAUGUUUUGACUGCGAUGAUAUGACUGACAUGACUUUUUGCAAGCAGAUCACGCAAUGUGCUCCCGACGAGAUGUGUACAGUUUAUGGAAGUCCGUCAAUGAACUACGACAGCAAAUGUAUUUCCAAGGAUAAUCAGUGUGAUGCCCAAGGUGGUAACAGGUUCUGUCAGUUUUGCUGCAUCCACGACAUGUGUAAUCAAAAUUGCACUAAGCACUAAAAUGGUCUAGCGGAUAUGUAUACGAAACUCUUCUCUUGAUAAUGUAUUUGGAGUUUUUGUUCAUUACUCUAUAAUAACAUUUGUCGUUGUAAAAUGCUGGAAUGUAAUGACGCGACACAAUUGGUGCAUAUUCGAAACAAAGUAUUGUUGUGUAUUUAAACAUAUAUGCUACGUUAUAAAGGAUUUUAUUUAUUUGUAUAUUAAUGAAUCGUUUUUCUUGUGCCUCUGUUUUACGUAAAUAUACCUACAGAGCUAAUAUAACUGGUUUUGAUGUUUUGUUAUAGGUUUUAUCUUUCAAUUGUUUCCAAAUGGUUCCUGAAAGAUGUUAAAUGUCUAUAAGUAAAAAAAUGCAUAUUUAUACAUGUAUUAAUCGGAAAGACACGUUAUGACGUGUUAAUGUUAAUUUCUAUAAAUAAAAUUAGUCUAGAU